AUGAGCAAGCGAUCGUUUAUUAUCGAGCAUAUGGAAGACGGCAUGCACGAUUGGUGUGUGCUGGAAUACAAGCACAUGUUGCAGAACAUUGGUCCCGAUCACCUUUGGUUUUCCGGACUGUCCGAUGCAUGCUUGAAUGAGAAUAUGCCUGAAGAAUUGAAGCAAGCCCAUUGUCACCAAGAAGACGUGCUUCACUUGCCCGGCGUCGAUCCUAGCGAGAUUUGUCUGCUCGAUCCGGCUGGUGAGUCUGAUUUGGCGCCUGAGGACGGCGAUAAAUUCAAGUACUUUUUGUUCGGUGGUAUUUUGGGUGACGAUCCACCACAAGACCGUACAAAGGAGUUGCGCAAACUUGGAUUUGCCGGUCGUCGUUUGGGCCCUGUGCAAAUGACCACCGAUACCGCCGUCAAUGUGACCAAACGCGUGGUGGAAGACCGAAGUAAGACCACGAAAAAAGAUAGAAAGGAGGAAAUAUGA